CUAUGAAGGCUUUGUAGCAUCAGUGUAGCAGCUUGUCCUUAGGCUCUGCCUGUGUCACCACAUUCCCCCUCUCCUGGAGGCUGCUGGUGGCUGCCUUGGGCCCCAGCCCCAAGCUGUGCUCCUGAGAAGAGCCAUGACAGCAGCCAAGGGCCUCCAAGAGUCCCUCUUGCAGUUUCUCACUUGCUCUGGUUCCCUUAUCGCCCCAGCACACCCUUCCCCUUUGAGAUUUCUGCUCUUGCCUCCUGCCCUGCAGCAGGAAGGAGGUUUGAAGGCUGAAGAGCAGCAGCUGCAGCGAGGUGCUGGCUGGAAGCACCAGAGGGUGUUGCAAGAGGUCUCUCUUUGACGCCUCUGCAGGGAACCUCGACCCACAGCCUUCAAGCUGAGGAUUAAACAGAGGGAGAAGGGGAAGGAGCCAUGUUCCAGGCCACGGGAGCAGCCAGCCCAGCCCCAGCUCAUGUACGUGAGGAGGCCAAAAGCAGCUCAGGAGGCAGCACAGUGCAGCGCUCCAAGUCCUUCAGCCUGAAGGCGCAGGUGAAGGAGAUGUGCACUGCCUGCCAGAAAACCGUGUACCCCAUGGAGCGCCUGGUGGCCGACAAAUUCGUCUUCCACAACUCCUGCUUCUGCUGCAAGCACUGCCACACCAAGCUCAGCCUGGGCAGCUACGCCGCGCUCCACGGGGAGUUCUACUGCAAGCCCCACUUCCAGCAGCUCUUCAAGAGUAAAGGCAACUACGACGAAGGCUUCGGGCGCAGGCAGCACAAGGAGCUGUGGGUGCACAAGGAGGUGGAGAGCGGCACCAAGUCGGCGUGAGCGGGGCCAGCCCCGCCCCCGGAGCCCCGCAGAGCCGGAGGAGCUGAGCCGGGAGAACUGAGCUGAUGUAGAGCAGGACCUGGGCCAGGGGCGAGGGGGAGCCCCUCUUUGGGGGUGCUCAGAGGGGUCCUGCAGGCUGUGAGGACAGGGCAGAGGUGAGCGGGGUGCAGCCCCCAGACCUGGAGCCCUCUCUCUGCAGGCCCCUCUGCCCAGUGAGAUCAGAGCAGAAGCAAUGCCCCCCAUGGGACCCCCAGCCCUGUUGAUCCAUUUCAGGCCUUGUCACCAUGGAAAAGGGAUGAGCUGGGGGCUUCUCCAGCUUUUGAGCCACUGCAGAGCUCCCAGCCACACCAGCCCUGCACUGCUGGGGCUCUGGAUGAGGAGGGUCCCUGGUUUACAUCAGCUCAGUUCAGCUGGGAUGGUUCAGCCUUAAGGUUUCACAGUGUCUGUUUUUUAUAUUUGCCUUCUGGUACGUUCUGCGCUGGAGCCUCGCGGCAGCUUCGCCUGCGCACCUUUAUUUUUGUAAUACAAGGUUUCCCAGCC